GAUGAGACACAGCAGUCCUUCUUCGAGUCGCUGUACCAUGCCCUGGAUGCAGACGCCAAUGAGAUUACAGAUGGUAUUUUCCUUGGAGCGGCCAAGGCGGCCUCCGACAAGGCGGCCAUGAAGAAACGAAAAAUCUCGCAUGUGUUGAUCGCGCAUCCCACGAUGCCUGAGAAGCACCCGCAGACAUUCAAGUAUGGCCGGGCACCGCUGGUCGACAUUCCAUCAUUCAACUUGUUGGAGCAGAUCCCAGAUGCACUGGCUUUCCUGAGAGAG